GCCAAUCGGAGAGGAGGAGGGGCCGGGAGGCGCUCAGUUUGAGGCGAGACGCGGCCGACGGAGGCCACGGCGAAGAGCAGCGGCCACGGCGACUGGGAUGGAGGCCUUGGAAAGCCGCGGAAGAGGGUUGGCGAAGCUGGCGGUGCAGCAGCAGCUCCGAGCCGCCUAUGGGAUCAAGGUGAAGAACCGGCCAGCGAAAGGGAAGCCCUUGCCCGCCGCCGCCGGGGAGGGGAAGGUGAGUGGAGUCGGGGGAAAGGGGCUGAGGCGAGGCGGCGGAGGCAGAGAAGGCGCCGCCUUCACGCCAGCCGGGGAGCCCUGGAGGACUCGGAGCAGGGAAGCCCGGGGCUUGGAGCUCCCCCUCGCCGCCCGGUUUGCAGGCGACUCGGGGCCCCUCGCAGCUUUUCCGCUGCCCGCCUGCUGGGCGGGAGGCGAGAAGAAAGGCAGGGCGGGGGGGGGGGAGAGUCUGACCAGGUAGCUGAGCCUUGUGCCACCACGUCCACCAUUCCGAUCAUAAUAAUAAAAAAUAAUAUUACUUAUACUCCGCCCAUCCAGCCACUCUGGGCAAAGGUGCGCUAGUGUCAAUCAAAAACAAAAGCACUGGGUUGAGAAGGCGCUCUUAGAAGGCGACCCGCUUGACUAUUGGGGGGACGCCUUCUUUAAAAAAAGCUAGAUUUGCUGUGCAGACUUCUAGGUCCUUACUCAGGCUGCCUCAUCUUUUUGAAAACGUAGGAAGCUUCUUCACACUGAAUUAUUGGACUCCCUAGUCGUUUAGUUAUUGACUCUUCAAAAGUUUAGGAUCCAAGAUCCGUAUAUAAGCCCAAACGGGUAUUUUGUGGGGAGGGACUUCAUUUAUUUAUUUAUUUAAACCAUGUAACUUCGCAACUCUGGUUGCGAUUACUGUAAGUCAGGCUGCAGCCCGGUGGUGAGAACAUACGACCAGUUGAGAUCAAACAUCUGACUGACAGGGGCUCUUGAUUUCCAGGCAGGAGUCUUUCCCAGCCCUUCCUGGAGAUGCCAGGGACUUGCUGUGGCCUUAUUAAAAAUGAUGGGUUGCAUGAGGUGUGCAGUCAGAUCCUAUGCAUUUUUACACAAAAGUAAAGCCAACUGUGUUCAAUAGGGUCAAUUGUGAAGUAUGUCCCAUUAAAGCCAGUGGGAGUUGCUUCUGAGUAGCCAUGCUUUUGGAUUGUGCUGCAAGGUGUGCUUUCUUUAUUUUCUUGCAUAGGCCAGGGGAUAUAAUGUUCCCUUUUCUCAAACUUCAGAAAUAGCAAACCUUAGAAAUAGGCUAUAGUGAGGAUGUGUUGAUUCAGUGAGGACUUGUCUUGCAGGCAUAAUAGUGGGCUUCUUUCUUCCUCAAUAUGAGUGAGAAGAAAUUGCAGUUCAGCAAGGCAACAAAAGACCUCUGUUAUAUAAAUAGUAGUGUUUUUACUCCCAGUAACUAUGUAUGGAGCGCUUCCGUCGCUUUCUUUUUAGGAAGCAGUAAGACUAGAUGAUGUGGCUUUAUUCUUGUACAUAAACAUGAUAACUACACAAGAGCCCAUUUCAUCAGACUCGUCAUAUAUGGAGUGUUAUCCAGAGUUGGCAAGUAUAUGCACAUGCAUGUGUGCAUGGGAGGGGGGAUUAGUUGUGAGGCCACAGGCAAUGAUUUUAAAAAUACAGAAUAAGAGCUGCAUUAAAACUUAAAUGUAUGCAACUGAUUGUAGUGACCAUUCACAAAAGAUGGAUGUGCACUCAUAGAGGGAUAACUGUUAAUAUCAAUACUGCUUUGUAUUGAUUUAAACUGCCCUGUGAUCUUCGGAUGAAGGGCAGUAUAUAAAUUUAAUUUGUGAAUGGUCACUGUAAUUAGUUAUAUACAUUUAUACUUUAAUGUAGUUAUCACUGUAUUUCUUGCAACACAGUUACCUUGAUUUUAUUAUGCAGCCAUCUAAAGUACUUUUGAGUGGCCACCUUAAUUAGUUUACACAACUUUUAGCUUUAAUGUAAUUAUCGCUGUCUGGUGUUUUUCAUUGAGCUCUGAUCUCAUAGAUUCCACCCCCCCCCCCUUCUCUGUUCCCAUUUCCUACCAACCCAGGAUAAAAUCCUUUCAUCUGAUGAAAUAAGCUCAAGCCUAUGAUAAGAAGUUGUUGCUGCUGCUGCUGUUGUUGUUGUUGUUAGUUUUUAAGGUGCCACAGGAUUCAUUAUGUGUUUGCUGCAGUAUAGCUACUCAUAAGGAAAGUAUCAUAAGGAUGUGCCUUUAGGUUCCUCAUGAACACAUAGACACAAGUAAAGGUUUUCUUUCAGCUCUGGAUUUUUUUUUACCCUAUUUUGUGCUAUUGUGUAUACUUCUCUCUUUAAUAAAUCAUCCCAUCCCACCUUACUUCCAGUAGUGCAGCCCUCAUCUUUAAAAGAACAACUUAAAUUAUUUGAAAGACACUUAGAUUGAGGCCAGUCUAGAUGGCUCAUUUUACAAAAAUGCAAACAUUUCAACUUCCAUGUCAAAAUAGAGCUAGUAUAGGGGUCCCUGUUAUGCUUCAUUUUAAGGCGAAGAUAAAAUUUGUGUUCUGGGGCAAAGGUAAAUGAGCAUGCAGUUACAUUCGCUUGAAUGAGUAACUAAGAAUGCAUGUAUAUAAGGAUCAGGUAUUGUGUGAUUAGAUAAGAAUACUAUCUGUGGUCCUGUCUUAGGCUGAAAAACGAGUAGUUUUUUCAUCCGAUGAAACAAGCUGUAAGAUACAAAGUUUGUAUUGUACUAAAUCAGUAUUCAGUAAGGCAUACCUUAUGGAAUUUAUUUUCUCUUGAUUUUCCACUUUAAAAUAUUAAAUUAUGUAAAUCACUAUCAUUGGGUAGAAUGGAAGCAAUGAUUUGUGUUUGCAGUUGUGCACAAUAAUUUCAGAAAUGUUUACAUCACAAAAAGCUCUUUUACACAGGUCUGUUGGCAUUAGAGAGUCCCUUUGCAUCCAGUACAGAGUAAGUGCAAGUUAAUUCCUUGAUGAAAGUGCUGUGCAUGCACUUCAAAAGAUAUUAAGACAAGAUUAAAGGGGCGUUUACUUCAUAAGAAUCAGAAGUUCUAGUGUCCUUUGUGCACUACCUCUGUGUUCUGCUACUUGUUGAAAAAAGUUGUUUUGUUUUGUUUCUUAGGGCAAAAUAUUUGGAAUAGCUCUUCAUGAAUUACCUCAUCAAGAUGUGCCUGAAUAUGAUCGUAUACCUUGGUAAGCAAAACCUAUAAUAUAGCAGACAUAAGGCAUAAUUAGGUCUUCAUGCAGUUUAUUCUGGUAGAAACAUAAAAGUGAAUCUGGGGAGAGAAUAAUUCAUGCGAUCAACUCCUGAAAUUUGUUUCUGUUCCCCACACCACAAAUGGUUGGUGCCAAGGAAGGAAAGUUCUUCAUACUGAUGAGGGGAAAGGAAAUUGCAACAUUCCCAUGAUCGCACCAGCAGGCGUACAAUGACCUUUUGUCCUGAUAGAAGGGAGAUCGUAUGCUUUUCUAGUAGAGCAUUGUGAAACAGUGCUGUUUGAAAUUGUGUAACUGGAGGUGGUGAAAAGCAAUUGCAAUAGAUAACAUUUGGGGAGAAAAACUAUUUUUUCAUUUACAAGCUAUUGGUCAGGAGCACAAGGAAGAUGCAGGACUGCUGAACUGAUUACAUCUUGAACUGCCCUGCUUAACCCCACUUUUGUGCCUCCAAAUUCCAGGGUCUGGGCUUAGUGCUUGUGUUUCCACAGCCUUUCUCCCCCCCCCCUUUUUUUUUUUCCUUACUCUUCCAGAAUUAUCAGUCUAUCAAAUUCUCUCUGUCAAUUUGUAUCCUUUCCCCCCCCUCCCCCAGGCAGCUUGACACAACUGUUUCAAAUAUAUAUCCAAAAGAAGGAAACAGUCUCCAGGGUCCAAGUCAAAUUGUUACUAAAUUUCCAUGGCUGUUAUGCCUCUUUGUCUCCCAUACACAAAAACGUCCCUUGCAGAAACUGUCCGCAGAAAUCAGACGCUGACUUCCUUUUUGGCUUCCUUUUUGCCAAAUCAGUCAAUUUAAACCUAUUUUUUUUAUAUAAAGCUUUGUUUGGGUUUUACCUCUAAUUGGAAGAUCUGCUGCUUCUGGUGACAGUGUGUGGCUUUUGUCAAUAGAGUGAGUUGGAACCUUGAGCAGACUCAAGCCCCUUCCCUUUCCCCCGUGCGCAAAACGAUGUUACUUUCUGAUAUAUAUCAGUAUGGACAUAAUUUAAUAUUUCUUUGCUUGCAAAGAUUGAAUUCUUAAUGCCAAACGCACUGAUUGUUUUUCGUUUUUUCCUUUAGCUUCUUAGUUGAGGCAUGUAAAUAUUUAGAAGAACACAUUGGCACUGAAGGGCUCUUCAGAAUAUCUGGAUCAGUUGUUCGCAUAAAAGCAUUAAAGGUACAGUACAACUGUCUUUCUCAGUCUGUCUUUCUAAGUAAAGGGCCUAACAAUACUAGCUAUGCAUUGUACAAAAUUAAAAAUAAGGCAGGUUCUGCCUACACUUCCAUAACCACUUAAAGUAAAUGGUUAACACUAUCUGUGCCAAUAGGCCUUCAAAUAUCUCAACAUUUCUUACAAAUGCCUGCAUGGUCUUCCAUCCAGUUCUGUGCUUUUUCACUAUGGCAAUGUCAGUUUUAAAACUUAUUUAUUUUAUUUUUAGGGUAAACUGGAUCAAGGUGAAAACUGCCUGUCAACUGCUCAGCCCUGUGAUGUUGCAGGGCUUCUGAAGCAGUUUUUCAGAGAACUGCCCGAGCCCAUUCUCCCAAGUGACCUGCAAGAACCUCUCAUCAAAGCCCAACAAUUGGGCAGCGAGGAGAAGAAUUCUGCCACACUGCUGCUUUCCUGUCUUAUGAAUGACAGAAUAAUCAAUAUACUCAGAUAUUUUUUCAUGUUUCUCAAAAAAGUGUCUCUAAGGUAAGUUGUGCUUACUAUUGGCCCUCUGUGCUUGGAAUAGCACUAAAAUGUUUCACAUCAUAGGAGUGCAGUUUUUGUUCCUUGCCUUUUAUUUAAUUUAGUAGGAUAUCUUUUCUUGCCACUGAACAGGUAGCUAGAAGAACACACACGUGCGUGCGCUAUUUUUAAAGAAUAAAAACAAAUCUCAGGGGGUCUUCCACAAACAAAAAUAAAUAUGCAGAUAUAUGAAGCAGUAUAAUCUCCACCCCAAUCAUCUGUUCCCAUAUCAAUGAUUGCCAUGUAGAGGAGUUCCUUCCUAAUAUCAACGCAGUUUCUAAACAACUACACUAAUUUAAGGCUAAACAUUCACUUGCCCUUUGGGUCAUAACCUGUAGUUUAGAAAAGAAAGAUAUAUCAAAUAUAAAAGUACUAACUUAAAGCAUGCACAUACAUGCACUACUCCCCCCAAAAUAAAGUGAGGAAUAAAAAACUGCACUGAAAUUAUUAGACGAACCGUUAGCAGAUGGGAAUAUCCCCUCCCCCAAAAACUUGAUCUUUCUAUAAAACUAUUCUGCAACCUGUAUGCUUAGAUUUCAUGAAAUACUUUUAUUUCACUUCUCUUGAGUGCUCACAGAGCUUAGGUGUCUUGCCUUGUCUACGAAGGAAUAAUAUCUAAUUUUAACCAAAUGAACCUUGCUUCUUCCCCCUUACCAAUGCAGGAACCAGCUCUUGAGUUAAAUAACAAUUGCUGAAUGGCUGUAUCACUCCAUCAGAGUGUUCCAUCAGAACAGUAUACUCAAAUGCCCCACCCAUUUCUUUUCCCUUGGUCAUGCUGCUUACUCUGAAUUUCCCUUUGUGUCUCUUCCUCCCUACCCCAGUACUUCCCCAAAUCCAAUAGGGAAUGUUGAAAAUGGUCCCUUCUUAAUCCCGUGCCAAUAUGAGAUAAUUAACAGCAAUAGUUCAACUUGGGAAAGCAUGGCGUAGGUUCCAAAGUAGCUCCCACAUGACUUGAAGUGCUUUUUUGAGGAAUCAGAAUCUUGUGCUGCUUAGGAUAAGCUAGUUGCAGAAGGUCUAGAAAAUAGCUAUAUUAACGAGCCAAUGCUCAAGAGCUCUUCAAGUGCAGUGCUGACUAGGCGUUUGUGCAGGGGAAAUAAUAAUUGCCUGCAGUCUUAAAAUCAGAAAUUGUAUACAGUCAUACCUCAUGUUAUGUUUGCUUCGUGUUAACGUUUUUUCAGGUUGCAUCCCGCGGCGACCCGGAAGUACUGGAAAGGGUUACUUCCGGGUUUCGCCGCUUGCGCAUGCACAGAAGCACCAAAUCGCGCUGCGCAGAUACGGCACUUCAGGUUGCGGGCUUUUCAUGUUGCGAACAGGUCUCCGGAACGGAUCCCGUUCGCAACCAAAGGUACCACUGUACUAGUAUGAAACUUCUGAUGCCAUUCUCUUUUUGGUUUUCUUUUCCAGAUCUGCUGAGAACAAAAUGAGCAGUAGCAACCUGGCAGUUAUCUUUGUUCCAAACCUCUUGCAAUCAAAUGAAGCUGACAAGAUGUCGGCUCAUACAGAGAGAAAGCUUCGUUUGCAGGCGGCAGUUCUGCAGACGCUUAUUGAUCAUGCAGAAAAAAUAGGUAUGGUGAUAAUUUUGUGUGACAUAGAAAUUUUUAGCAUUUGUGAUAUUCCUUGCACGGGCAGCUCCUGGGUUGGGCGCAUCUGAAUGAUGCGCAAUUGCGAACAUGCGCACGGCACUGGACCCAGAAGUAGCGCCCCCAAAGUCAUAAAGACAUAAUGAAAAGGGACAGGGAUGGAGUGGGCUUAUGGAAUGGAAUCCAUGCAUAACAUGCAUAACAAUUGUUCCCUAAUUCAGGGCAUGUACCAAAGUUCAUCCUGGAAAAGAUACCUACUAUGCUUGGCAUUGAUGAUCCUGUCUCCACUCCUUCGCGGCAAGAAUAUGAAGAAAGUGAAGGUGAAACUCCAGGUGAACCCACAAGGAGGAGGAGGAGGAGGAGCAUGGGAGGUGAGUGUGCUUCCCUUUGCACUUACCUGUAACAAGGGGAAAGUAGCUAUACGAGAAACUUCAAAUUGCUAAACUAAAGGGGAAAGUACACUUACAUUUAAUGUUAAUGAUAAGAAUGCUUAAUUUCAAUGAGCCGUGUAUGUGGAAUGUAUUUUGAUUCUGGGAGCAGGUUGCUUAACAAUUGAUCUAGGGAUAUAUAUUUAGACCACACACCUAUAAAUCAAUAUGUGUACUGUUUUGGUGUUUUUGUCCAAAAGUGGUUUCUAGUCUACCUUAUGAGCAAUUUGAAUUAGUAGGAAAUAGUUGGACAGGAAUAGAACAUUUAAAUUGUCCUUGGCCAAUAAGUAGCGUGCUGUUUUUUGUUUGUUUGUUUGUUUUUUAAGGAGCACACUUUUGCAUCUAUUUAUCAGUAUUGAUUUGUACACUCAUAUUUCUGUGUCCUCUAUCAGGUGGCAAGGGAAAUUUGAUUAUUUGGCUAUAGAUAAUAGAAAAGCUAGCUGCUCUUGAAACCUUAACUGUGUUGCCCUUAGUGACCUAAGGGCACUUGACCUUGAGAUUGCAAUCUACAUUUGUAACAGAUUGCAGAUUUAUCAGUGAACAUGGUAAAUAUGAUGUAAGAUCUUCACUAUUUCUUAUUUUACGUAUAUAUGGGCAAACCUUUAGCACUAGUGAGCAGUUGCACUAGCAAUAGUGCUAUUUCCACAUCUGAGUUUUAGAUAUACGCUGAUGUAAUAUUGAUCUUUAGCACAUGAUUGCUUACUAUGGCCUGAUUCACACAAUGCUAAGCUAAACUAUGGCAUACUGUGAAUAAACAAAAAUAAAGGUUCUUGGGUCAAAGAUCAUGACUAACUGCUGUAGCUAAGCAUGGCUUAACUUAGCAUAACGUCUGUACCCAGGCUUGUGGUUGUCUCACUCCAAGCAAACCAUGAGCUGCAACCAAGGUUUGUUUUUGGUUUACCAUUUGCGGUUAAUCUUAGGAAGACAAGCCCAGGUUUGGAAGUAACAGGGUAAACCAUGGCUUAGCCUUGGAUAGUGUGCUGGCAGCAGCCAGGGUAGAGCACAGGAGUCAUGAUUUUUGUUCCAGUAACCUGCUAGUUUGCACUAAGCCAUAGAUUGGCUUAUUAUUAGUAGUAGUAGCAGCAGUAUUUAAGUCUUUAUUUACUUAUUUAUUUCCCACCACGUGGUCCUAGGGCAGGUCUCAGCAAAUUUAAAGAUAAAAUAUUAAAAACAGUUUGAAACAAUUGCAUGCAAAUUAUGUACAAACUGGACCUGUGUUUUGAGUUUGUGACUUUUUUAUAUUUGCUUUUUCCCUAUGUUCAUUCUGUUUAAUUUAUUAUUUUUGAAAAGUAUUAACUGUGCAAAGAAAAUUCUAUGUCUCAUUUUGCUGGGAUCUCAAAUUGUCAUGGAAGGAUUAUUUAACACUUUGGUCAUUUUAACCCAUUUCUUUGCAGGGAGCUUACUUUCCAGCCUUGCUGGGCAGAUUAAAGGGAGGGAAUCCAAGUGGAAGAAAAUUAUCCUGGGUCUUCCAGCUAACCUUCAGAAAAAAAACUUUAAAAAAGUUUAUUGAAGGGCGGCGGGGCCUAACAACAUUGUGCUUCAUAGUUUGGCAUGGGCAACAUACAACCCACAGAGUGGAACUCUCAUUUGUCCAAGGCAGGAUCAUGUAACUAGGCUGCUUUAUUUGUCCUCUGCUUCUGUUUUCGUCCCUGCCUUUGCCCAAAGCAGAGUUCCUCCUCUACUUUAGAGCUCAGGCCUAUGUACUUUUCCUUAAUUCUUCUUUCUCUCCCGUCCCCAGUUCUCCUGCACUAAAUUUCCCCCUGCAGUGUGUACUUCUCCCUUAAGUAGCUGAGGGGUACAUGUGGGGAAAUGCUUUCCUUUCCUUUUGUCCCUUACUGCAACCUUCACCUCCUGCUUGGGCCUGUGGCACCACUCAAGAAACUCCUAUACAGUGGUACUUUGGUUCUCGAACUUAAUCUGUUCUGGGAGUCCGUUCAACUCCCGAAACCAUUCAAAAACCAAGGCACGGCUUCCAGUUGGCUGCAGGAGCUUCCUGCACUCAGUCGGAAGCCGCGUUGGGACAUUCAGCAUCCCAAAAAAGUUCACAACCUGGAACACUCGCUUCUGGGUUUGUGGCAUUCGGGAGCCGAUUUCUUCAAGAGCCAAGCCGUUUGACUACCAAGGUACCACUGUACCUUCAAAAAGGGACAGUUUAUCCAUUUAAAAGUUCUCCUUUUUUUAUUAGAAAAAGAAUUCAUUCAAAGUUUCAAAGAUUCUCUCACAGCUGAUAUUGAGGAGUUUAGUUCUGAGUGCCCAACCCUCCUACAAGUGUUCAAGCUGCUUUUCCUCAACUUCAUCUGAUUUUCUUCACAUCUCAGUCCAUCACUAUUCCAAGGAAGGAGAAGUUGUCAGUGCUGACCCUAAAUCUAGUCAAGAUAAAGUUUCACAUGAGCAUUUCUGAACACCAGUCUCCUGAUCCACAUACCACAUCCAAAAGGAAAAAUCUACCCAAAUCCAACCUCCCCUGCUAUAUGGGUCAAAACCCAGAAUAUUACCUCAGCCAGGAUAUCUCCUGCCACCAUCUCUUCAGAGAGAAAAGAGGGACAGUGAAGUGACAGAGGACUCUUGGAGCUAUAAGAUGGCUUAAUGGUUUUGAUUACAGUAUUUACUUUAUUGACAACAAUGAUUUCUGCCUUAGGUUUGCGUUCUUUUGAGCAGGAUCCAGCACAUGGCACUUCCAAAGAAGCUUCUCUUCUGCCAGCAACAAAAUUUCCUUAGAGGAUUUCCCCUAUAGGUUUUAGAUACUUGAGUCAAAGUGGACCAUACAUUUAGGCAGAAAUAAAUUUAACAGUGCACACAAUUACAGCAUGGAUAGCCUAACAUUCCCUUCAGAUGUUGUUGGGCUGCAAAUCUCAUCAGCUUCAGCCAGAAUGACCAGUGGCCCGGAAUGAUGGGAGUUGGCAUCCAGCGACAUCUGUACAUUAGAGCAACAAGCCCCAUAAUAGCCAUGCUGUCAGGGUUGGAAUGGAAUUGUGAUGCCCCCUUCCAGGAAGGGGCAAAGAAAGAAAUUUGAUUUGACCUUAAAGAGGGUUAUGAGGCCCUGGCUUUUCCCAUAAGGGCAGCUUCUAUCCUCAUAGCAAGAGCCAGCCAUUUGUAGUUCAAGCACUUAACUCCAGUUCCAGACUUUGACUAGAUAAGCUACACAGGGACCACCCCGCAAUUAUCUAGAUUGAUGCCACAAUGGAUGUGUUAAUUUUUCACCAGAGCCAUUGUGGUUGGUGUUGUAACUAGAAUGUCAACAUGGCUAAAACACUGGAAUGUAGAAUUGGCAUCCCAAAGUAAUCUAGCUUUAGUCCCCUUUAAAGAAGCUGGCCUCCUUGGAGAGGAAGCACUGAAGGAGGUUUUAGCAGAGACACAAGGAUUUACUGUCUGUUUCCAGAAGAAGGCAGGCUGCGAUCAAAGAGACAGUCCUUUUCCUUUUGUCAAGACUCCAGGAGGAGCAAACCUUUUUGGCACUGUCAUUCCUCAGAAACCAGAGCUUCACAACUUAAACCAAGCCAGACAAGCACCAUUGUGACAUCCAGAUCCCGGUGGGGAGUGGCUCCAUUCUCCAUUUUGUAAUGCACAGUACAUGAUAGAACUUGUUUGACUGUCUUGGGACAGUGUCUGCUCAUCCCCAACCUCCAUGUCCAUUCAGAAAUGUUGAAUGAUAAAAGCAGGCAUCACCCACUUAUUGGAGAAAGAGGCAAAGGAACUUGUUACCCCAGAACAGUGAUUCUAAUCUUUGUGCUUCCUACUGAGCCUCAAGUACCUGACCUCAUCAGGUUAGCUUCCACCCCCAGGGCCAUGCAGGACCUCUGGAACAUUUGUACAAAUAUGUUUUUUCUCAAAUUUCCUCAAUGGCUAUCUUUAACCAUCCCAUAGGAUAGUUCAUCUGGGGUGAUCACCUGUAUGUUCUGGGGUCUCUUAUCCCUCUCACCAGUGAGGAUUCUCAGAAUCUGGCAAGUGAUCUCUCCACUUUGAAGAUCCAUAGCGAAACAAGCAUCAGAAUUCUUGCUUUUACCUAACCAGGCAUGCAACAAGGUCUUGGGCAAAAUGGCCUCAAGCAAGAAGCCUAAGUGCUUCUCUUCUUUCAGCGCCAAACCUUUGGGUUCAUAUCCUCAUCCAAAGAGAUUCAUCAGAGGGGCUUCCUUAAUCUGCCUGCCCACCAGUUUCCUUCCUGGCAAUUAAACAUGAACUUUUAUGCUUUAUCUCACCUGCUGUUUGAACUCCUUAAGGCAGUUCCAGUCCAUCUAACCUUGCUCAAAGCCACCUUCAUCACCAUAAGCAAGAUUCAUCUGAGCCCAGUUCCUUAUCAGUUAACAAGAACCUCUGAAUCUUCCGUAAGGCUAGAGUUAUCCUGAGAACUGAUCAGUCUUCAUCUGAAGCUUGACAACAUGUUCCACAUAUCCCAAGAGUUAAUUUCCCCCUCUUUUGUCCCAAUUCUAGUCAUUCUCAGGAGCAUCCUUGGCAUAACCUAGACAUUAGGCAGACCCUUGAGUUACUCAUUUAAAGAGCAGGGGCCUUUAGAUAAUCUUUUCAGCUGUUCCUUUUUAUUCUGUGACCUUGGUCAUAGGAGGGGAUGAGAAGUGACUGGCUUCACUGUAGCACACUGAAUCAAGGCCCACAUAACAUUGGCCUAUGAAUCCCAGUGCUUACCCACUGAUAUCUCCAUUUUAAUGAGCCACUAUUAAGAUAGGUCUAUACAUGCAAGAAGAGUUCUCCAGAACCUACUACUUCCUGACUAGGCAGCCACCUUUAUUUCUGCCUGUUCUUUGUCUAUCUAUAGCUUUUAUAUGUCUCUCAAAAUGGAUUCCUCCCAUGCCACACUGAGAAUGGAACAUCAGUUUCUUUCCUUGAAUAUUCCUUCUUGUUUGGCAAUGUAGAGAUAUCCAUUGCCACACUCAAGUUGUGGCAUUAUUUUAUUCAAGUAGCUGUUUGUUUGUUUGCAUGCAUGAAAACUCCCAAUCGAAGUUUGUUUGUGGCAGGCUUUUCCCUUUUCCCACUACUAUAUGGCUGCCCCCACCCACCCACUUUUCUUAUCUAAACCUAAUGUUUCUUACGAGAUCCCUUCUGCUUGGACAUGGUGCCGAACUGGAGGAGGAGCCAGAAGGGGAGGGAGAGGAUAAUCAAAUUGCCUAGUCACAAGUCCCUGCCUUGGCUGAAUGAAAGAGAUACAGCUUACAUAGUCACUGUCUCCACAGGCAAAACAUGAACCUUCAUGGUAAGGAACCCAAAUCUUGUAACUGAAUACUUUUAAAGGUUCUAGUGAAGUGUUUCUGAAUACCAUUUUCCAUUUCAUGGGGCUGGCAUAAAUGUGCUAACCUAAGAGGUAGGACCUUAGAGCGAAACAAGUACUUAUUUCAACAGUUGUAUGCAUCUUCGUCAGCACGACUGGGAUUCAUUGUGCUGAAACAGUAAUUUUUUUAAGGAUCAGCUUGGUAACGGCACAUAACAAUUUUGACAAAUUGGGUUUCAGCUUAAACAGAAGUACAAAAAUUGAUGCAUCAUUAAGAAGCUAUCCUUUCUCUUUUUUAAUAACAAAAAUCACUUUAUAUUAGAAAUUGAGCAAUAUAAAAUUCCUAGUAAAAGCUUGAUUGCUUGGUGUGUCUUCAAUUUCAGAUAUUGUUAGUGGAGCUCUGAAUAAACUUAAAUCUAACAGAACCCCCUCCACUACACCACAGAAAGACAGGCAUGGUAGGUAUAGUGCAUUUGCAUGGAGCACUUCAUACCUUGUCCUCAAGACUUGUGCAUUUUAUAACAAGACUGUGCUCGGAUAGGGUGCUGCAGAUUACUAUAACAAGUCUGUAAUACUGGCUUGCUUGCCCUUGCCGUUGCACUUGCACUGAUUGUAAUGGUCUGAGUUUCAGAGUUAGAAACUGGGCUGCUUUUUGCUACUGCAUACUGGGGCUUAGGUCCCAUUGAUAUGCUAUCCAUCAAUGCAAAUUACUAAAGAAUCUCUCUUAACUUGGGUACAUUUUUCUUCAGAAACAUUGCUUUUCUCCUAAAUAAAUUUUGCCAAUGAGAUAUCCUUGUCUAACAUUGCAAAGAGUGCAUGGCUUUAAAUGUUUGUCAUCUGUAAGGGGAGAUGAGACUUUCUAGAAGUUAUGGAAAUAAAAUUUGUGGGUUUUUUUAAAAGGCAGGAAUUUACUAACUGCAGGAGGAAGUAAGCAACCACUUAAAAAUGUUUCCUAUCUGUAUUUUCUAUUAACCUAUUAUUUCACCUAUAAAAAAAUGUGAGUGCCAGACCUGCUCUAGCUACUAGUGCAAAUACCAAGUUCCACUGUUUCAACUGUACAGCAGUUUUAUCUUGUUGCUGUCUGCCAUUUUAAAGCUUUUAUUUCAUCUGUUGUUUUCUUUACAGUCUUUUCAUCAGUGACUCCAGUGAUACUUACUCCAAAUUUUAAACGUAAAUGUCCAGCUGAUUCCUCUCAAGGUUUCUCUAACAAGAAAAGGCGAUCUAUCAGGCAUAACUUGGCUCUUGAAUUGCUACCAAGUAGCCUUUUUAGCGUUGGAUCAACACCUGGUUCAGGUAAAGUAAUGAUUAUUUAAAUAUUUUCUCCAACCUAAUCAGUUCAGAAUUCUGUCCCUCAUGGUAACCCUCUUUGCCUUACAAAGCUGUAGAGUUACUGCAGUCCAACAUGGCUACAUAAAGAUGACUGUUUUGCAUUUAUUGUUUAUGUUCCUAAUUGUACUUGCAUUAUGAGCCCUCUCAUGCAUUGGGCUAAGUUAUGGAUUGGCGCCCAUGGGAGACAAAUCCCUAACAUAUGUAUGAAAAAGCAUAUAAAGGAGUGUGGAUGGGUUAAGUCCCAAGAGAGACGUUCUAUCUUCAAUAACUGAUUUGAAAACAGUUAAAUACACAAUUUCUUGAACAACUUUAAUGAGAACUUACAAAUUUUCAGUGAAAAAUGGAGACCCAGAUCAUAGGUUUUUAAAAGGGUAAAUAAUUUUGUAGUUAUUUUAACAAUAGAUCAUUUAAACACUUCUCUCUAACCUAUUCACAGCUCAUUUUGAAACAAGCCCUAAUGUAUCUCUUGACGCACCUCAGAGUUCUGUGUCUAUCUCAGUCAGUAGUGAAAAGCACCUGCCUAGUGUAGGAAGUCGAAGAAGCAAAAGAAUUGCCAGCAAAAAAGUACAUAGGUAAGUUUGUCAGAAGAUUGGCAUUACAGGAACAGAGGGGGAAAUGCUGCCUAUGUUUCAUGAUGUUUAAAGAAGUCUAUAUAGAACUCUAAAUUUUCUAGAUUAAAUACAAUUUCUAAGUGAAAUGAGUUAACUGAAUUCUGUGACCUUGGUUCUUUUAAAAACUGGAGUUUAUAUUUUGGCUCCCAUCCUCUCAGUGCAUCAUCAAAUGUAUUUUCAAAUCAUUUAAUGGGGUAGAACUUUGUACAGUCUUUCACACCGUCUCCCACAAUUUAGGUAUAAAUGGCCUGUUUUAUGCUUAAGGGGUGGUUACUGUGUUGGAGCCAAACUUAAUCUGUAAAUUCUAUCAACGACCUUCUAUCAACAUAAGGCUUUUAUCCACCACAUUAUUCACUGGGGUCUCUCAACUCUCCAGAGCAGAUUUUUGAAGAGCACAAAGGGAACUUGUAAAAGCUGCUUCCUGCACCCUUUUUUGCCAGUAGCAGUACCCCUUGAGUGAAACUCUACUUGGGAAGCUCCCACUGGCAGAAGCAAAGUCUGGAUCCAAGCCAAAUUAUGUACAUUAUUAGACUUAAAACCUAGGGUAUUUGAGUUCAGGACAAUGUGUACUCAGCUUAUUUCUUAUUCUUUUCAGGGUUGAGUCUGGAAAAAUGGGUUGCUUUUCUCCUAAGGUUAGUCGGAAAGAAAUGGUGCGCAGGUCAUUGCGAUUAAAGUUCAUUCUGGGAAGGAGCAGCAAAGAGGUACUAUUUAACAUCUCUUGUUAUUGUAUUAGACUCUUAAGAGAAGUGAUUACUUUCAGUCUUGCGGAGCUUUCAGUUAAUUGUUGCAACUGUAGAGAAUUUUUUUAACGUUAAUCGAUUUUUAAAUGCUUUUAAAGUAAUCAAAUAUUUCCAUGACCCAUAAAUUCAGGCCGUUUGUAUGCGUUUUUAUAUUACUGUCUUAUUGGUUUUCUGUUGAGUUUUUGUCUUAGUGAUAUUGUGCAGCACUUUGAGAUUUAAAAAAAUAUUAAGUACCGUAUUUUUCGCACCAUAGGGCGCACCGGACCAUAGGGUGCACCCAGUUUUUAGGGGGGGAAAUCAAGAAAAAAAAAUCUUCCCCCCAGCCCCAAAGAGCAGCGCACAGGCUGCGCACAACCUCUCCCUGCCGGAGGGGUUGCACGCGGCUAUGGCACAAGCCAAGGCAGCGAGCAGGAUGGAUCCCGCUCGCUGUUUUGGCUUCCUCUGUAGCCCCACGCAGCCUCUCCCUCCCGGGAGAGGCUGCGUGGGGCUAAAGAAUCCAUAGCCCCGUGCAGCCUCUCCUUGCCGGAGGGGUUGCACACAGCUAUGGAGCAAGCCAAGGCAGCGAGCGGGAUGGAUCCCGCUCGCUGUUUUGGCUUCCACUUUAGCCCCGUGCAGCCUCUCCUUGCCAGGAGACGCUGCGCAGGGCUUUCCUGGGAGGUGGGGGGAUUCCCUCACCUCUCCCAAAAGCCCGCAGAAGCCGUGCAACCCCUUUAAAGAGAUCGCGGCUUCUCCUGGCUUUUCUGGGAGGUGGGAGAAGGGACUGAUGCGGCCAGUCAGUCCCUUCUCCCUCCUGUGGAAAAGCCCGCAAGAGCGCACGGAGCUUGUGUGCAGCUCUUGGGGGCUUUUCCCGCCUGCCUCCCCCCCUGCAUUCGCUCCAUAGGACGCACACACAUUUUCCCUUGCUUUUUAGGAGGGAAAAAUUGCGUCCUAUGGUGCGAAAAAUACGGUAUUUAUAAAUGAUUUUAAGUAAACAAACUGCAUUCUCUGUGCAGAUAUGCAUUGGAACUGAAGCAGGGAGCCCAUCUCUCGAUGACUUGUGAUCUUGUUCCAAUUGUAAUCUCUAGUUUCCAAAAGCCUUUCCCAGGCUACAGUAUUUGUGUUUUAGGUUGCUUUUAAUAAGUAAGUAAGUAAGUAAAUAAAUAAAUAAACAAAUAAGGGGCUGAAAGGUUAAUCCAUGUGGUGGAGAAUGUUUGGCAAAUGUCACAAAUUCUAAAUACUGCAUGCUGAAGUCCGUGAAGGUCUGUACUACUGCCAUUUCUCUGUCCCUUGUUCACCUACUCAGCUAGCUCCAAAUAGCUGAUCCCUGUUUGUGUUCCUCUUCUACAGCUGCUUGAUGUCUAUCUCUUGCCAUUUGCAGCUUUUUCUCAGUUGUAGCCAGUUAUUCCUAUAGACUUUGGAUUGUGGUGCUACCAUGAAUUCCCAAUGCAACACACUACUUUUUUCCAUUCACAUGACAGACCUAACAUUGCAAGCUUUUCAUUGCAUUCCUUGUUUAAAUAUAUAGUACAGCAGCAUCUUUAAAUUCUGAUUCUUUCCUUAAAUUGUAAAAGCAGUAAAGCAUUUGUGCUGUCUACAUAAAAUAAACUUUUUUUUAUCCUAAAAAGAAUACUGCAGUGGAACAUCUGCCUAGCAACAGAUCUGAAAAUGUUGGUCGUCGACUUGCAAGUCAACAAAAUGUUGAAAGUGGGAUGAAUCAUGGAAAGACAGCUGCAUUUUUAAGCCCAUGUGUUGGUGAAUAUAUAACAAAAAAAGGUAAAUUUGGUUUACCCUCUUAAGUGUCAAAUGUUGCUUUCUAUAUUAUAAAUAAAAUUACCAAGCAUGUCUGAAACAAGUAUGGCAUUCCAAUCAUGAUACCAGUUUCAGACAAUUUGAGAUAUUGCCCAGCCCUAGUUGGGUCUGGUGCUUUAUAGCUUGUUCACUGCUCAGCCCUGACUUCAAAUGAUAUGAAGUUUCCUAGUUUGCUGAUGACACCUAAUUCCUUGGAGCAGUAAACUGGUUGGCCACUCUUAUAGGAACUCUUGCUUUCUGAUCUUCAAACAGGUAGAUACUAUUCGGACUGAAUGCUAAGGUCACAGAUUUUUAUUGGCUGUUUGAUCUUUAGAGAAGGAGCUGAGAUGAACUAAGCUGAUCUUGGGCACACGUGUUCUGAAAGAAUGCUGAGAGCAGUAUUAGUGUGGAUCAAGACAGUAGCAUGGUGUGCAUGCACUUUCUGUUUUCCUAAAGAGAAGCUGAUAGUAACAUCUAUAAGGUGGAGUAGGGCAGUCCACAGACCAAAAUGAACACACAUAUUUAUGAGCACAAGUGAUUGUUUUUCUGGAGCAUCAUAUCUCGUAUUUGGUAUAAAAGAAGUAACCAUAACAAAUCAUAUGGUCAUUCUUGGUGCUUAAAUGAAUCUUGUUCCCCCUUCCUUCCUGAAACCUGAAAUGGCACCAGAGAUUGAGGUAGCGACCACCAGUUUAAUACCCAUUGUUGUGUUCCCAAGGUUAGGAAAAACAUAAGUGUGGUAUGUCUAUUCCUUCUGCAUUUUUUCUUGAAGGUGGUGUCACCCAUGAUCGUAUGGUAGAAAGUUUUACUUUAUACAGGCAAACAGGCAAAUGUGUUAUUCAGAUGUCAGCAGCCUUGAGCUGUGGACACAUCUGGAAUAUUCUGAGAGUGCUGCGGGUACCACCUCUCUGAUUACUUCUCUCCCCACUCCAGACAAAAAAGAAAAACACAACAUCAUUAUUUUUUGCUUUUCCAAUGGGUCUGGGUAAAAAGGCGAACCAAAUAGAAUUGCAGCAGAUCUUGAAUUUUUAUCAUUUUACACAAGUCCCGUCCCCAAAUUCAAUUGUCAAAUAAAAGCUUAGGAUAGUGGACUGCACAGAAAAAUUGCAGGUCCAGUUCUUGCCAGCACCAGAAGAACAUUGAUCCAAGGCACAGAUUCUCAUGAGUUUUGUGGUCUUCCUAUGUAACUCUCACACAAAUCAUGGAAUAUAUAUGUGGACCCAGAGAUUACCUAUUAGUUGAUGGUGGUUUUGAACAGAUCCCUUGUAAAGAGUGUGCAGAUGAUAAGCAUUUGUACCACAUAUCCAUGUUUUUGUGCUAUGGCAACACUGGAAAGCAAUGGGUUUUCUUGGUUCAAUCAAUUGAAAAAGAUACAGGGGUUUUGGAUUUUUUUUUAUGGGAUGUGGGGAACCCAAGAAUAAACUGGAAUUUUAAAAGGAUGUGUUUUACUGUGUGCACACAUGCACAUGAGCUAUCUCCUGACACUUGUGACAUUGCACUUUUUACCUACUGGCCACUCCAUUUUCCUUUCCUCAAGCCUCUCAGAUUGCUUCCCUUUCCCUAGAGUGGCUGGGGAAGCCCAGCCAGAUGGGCGGGGUAUAAAUAAUAAAAUUAUUAUUAUUAUUAUUAUUAUUAUUAUUAUUAUUAUUUCCGUACUACCUCAAUGAUUACUUUGCUUUCUGUUUAGCUGCUGGUCAGAUCCUGUUUUCAGCCUUGAAAAGCAGGUAUAGCUGAAAGAGGAAGUGGGAAAGACCAUCACUUCUGCCUUCAACUCUAUGUACUUUUCAAGGGAGAAAAAAAGGCAACCCCCAUUUUACCCCAUGAUUAAGAGUGCAGUGAGCAGGUGCCAAAGUCCUUAAUGGCACUACUGCAACAACAAGUAUCACAUUUGCGAUCCCAAGUGGUUUCAGUGUAAAUUUAAUCAGCAAGAUUAUAACUUUCUGAUAUACUUACUGUGUGUGUGUUGUUGUUUUUUUAAGAUUCCAAAAACAUCAGCAAGUCAGAGGAAAACUUGCAAAUUGAAAACCAACGUAAUGAAACAACCUACCGAAUGUCCUGGACUGGCCCCAGUACUGCAGGAUCUGAGAAGACUAGCAAUAGGGCUGCUGCUUUAAUGGCAUGUCGUGAAGCAGAAACCUCUUUUUCUGAGCCUCUUCUUACAACUAGAAUACCACCAAUCAUUCCUGUUAAGUCAAGACCCACUGAUGCAAGUUCUGAACAGGAAAGCAAAAAACAACAAACUUCUUUUUGUGAGGAUGAAAAUGAUUUGACUGCAGACACUUUAUUGAAAAUUAAGACAGCAUUUUCUGAAUCGGGAAGCAACCUUCAUAAUUUAUUUGAAACUGAGCCUUCAAAAUUAAAUUUAACACAAGGUACAGCAUGCUUUUCAGAACUCAAUCUAGAGGAAGAGCUCUCUAAAGCCCAAGCUCAGAAACUGACAAAUGUAGAACAGAAGACUCCAUUUGUAGGUUCUGCGAAUAAAUCAAAUGUCUCCGACAAACGUCUGCCAAAUAUGGAUCAAGUCAAAGCUGUAGACAGUUCCCUCUUCCCAAACAAUACAGAGACUAAUCUUCCAGUCCAUGAUCUUAGCAAAAGUGAGGGAUCAAUAAAAAAGGAGCACUUGACCAUAAUGACAUCUCCAGGGAUGCAUUUAAAUAGCACAAACACCCUGAAAAAUGAGACAUUGGAAUCGGAUGAAAAAACCGAUGAAGAAUUUAGAUACUGUUACUCAGAAAUUAAAGAAUGUCUUGAAAAAGGGGAGCUUCUUUCUCAGUUGCCAGAAGAUGGCAACAGAAACAAUACAUGUUAUCUACACAUGGAAACUAUUGAGAAAUCUACAUUUUCCCCUCCAGGAAAGGUUGCUGACCAUAUACAUUGGUUCAACAAACUUUCAUUAAAUGAGCCAUGUUCUGCAACCAAAGCCAAAUCACCACUUAAGUUUCAACGUACGCCUGUCCGUCAGUCAGUACGGAGAAUGAACUCCCUCUUGGAGGCUAACAAGCCGUCAGUUGCUUGUGGAUUAAUAAAAGCUGGCAAUGACUGUCCUUCUCUUGUUAAAUCAGUGAGUUUUGAAACCGCAUUGCCGUCCUACAUGGAAAAUACCUCUAGUACAUCUACAGCUUCUCUGCUUUCUUCUGAAUCAACCUGCAAGCAAGAGUCUACUUGCAAUCGGUAUUCUCUGCCUUCCAAAUCCUGCCCACAACAAAUACAUCCAUUACAGCAAGCCAGCAGGCCUGGUACAACCUGCAAAGAGACACUGACUACCAGUCAUCAAUCCAAGUCAGUCCUUGAGGACCUAACUAAUCACGAAGCACCAAAAGCUGUUGUAAAAACGAACACAAACGUAAAUAUUCUGGUUGCUACACCUGACAAAUGUGAUUUCAGGAGAAAAUUGUCAGAAAAGAAGGUUCGCUAUAGAGGGUCUCCAAAGAACCCAAUAGCCACAACCAAACUCCUUCCAGUUGUUAAACCUCUUGACUUAUAGGUUAAACAACCCAAUUCCUGGCAUGUUUCCUAUAGACUUCAGUGGUCUUUGUAUUUAGGAUUGUAGCCAAAGUCUCUUGUUUAUCUUAAACUGUCAAUCUGCUUCUUUAUUUUUUAAAAAAUAUCUGUCGUUUUUGUUUUUAAAUAGGAUUCUUUCUUGAAUUGAGAGGAAAUGUAAGCUGCAACUGAAACUUGAAUAAGUUCUGUUGGGUAGUGUUUACCUUGUGGCUUCUAAUAAGUAUUUGCCUUUCAUAUUUUGACUGGAUUUUAGAGGGGGUGGGGAAGCUUGAAAAUGCUGCUGGUUACGGUUAAUUCAGUUACGAAGAAUCUGUUUUUAGUUGAUCUUAUAGUGUGAGAAGUUUAAAAUUGCAUUUGUAAGGAAGUGCAUUCCUCACUUGCAAAGUAUAACACUGUGUUUGCAAGUUCUUGGUUCACAGUCAUGAGUCUCACAAUAUAGUUCUUACAACAUUUUAAGUGUCUGUAAGGUUGAUAUCGGGUACUGGUGCUCAGGUAAAAGCAGCUGUUAAGAAGCUCACAGCUUGUCUACUGAUCGGAGGUGCAUUUUUUUGUUGACUCAAACAAAUAGCACCAAAUAAAAACAUUGGCAAGUUAAGCAACUAUGUAAUUGUAGGUGGAUGCACACAGAGGAUGCUAGCACAAUUUACGGUAAAUAUUCCAAUGCUGCUGGAUGCACAUUAUUUUCUAACUGCAAAUUGGGUGUAGGGGUAUGCGCAAAAGAACUUGCAGGUCUUAAUUUCUUUUCUUAAAGUAAUGUGGUACAGCAAACCACAUGAUUAAAAAUAAUGAAAUAUGCCUAUUAUGUCACCACAAUAAAACUGUAUAGAGCCAUACUGUUCAUUUGCACAGAUAUUUUGCUCUGUCUGCUGUAAUAUUGAAACUGUUCAGUUCUGUUUAUAGCACAUAAAUUAUUUAAACUUGAAGUUGAUUUUUAUUUACCUUUUCUAUGUAAUUUGAUUUGUGAUAGUGCUAAAUUUAUUUUUUCCAAAAUAAAAAACUUAUUUUUUUUCUCUUU